GAAGACUAAGUAUACAUAUUUACUGAAUACCUGUCUCUACAUAAGCCGGACACUGUACAUCUAUAAUCGAUUUAUCAAGCCUUUUCUUUUCCAAGCCACCCUCGUGCAAGGUGUUCUCUUACAUGCAAAUCUGAAAAUAGAAAGUGCAAAAUGAGAUUUUGGACGACCACCAUUGUCACUCUCCUGUUCACAGGAAUUGCAGGGGCUACUGGUAUUGGACCCUGUUAUAACCACGCAGACCCUGAUCAUGAUAUCGGCAAUUACUGCUAUUGUCAAGGAAAUGGUGUGUCCCUUACAUCUCUGACUCUUUAUAUUACCAUCCCUGAAAAACUGAAAUUAACUGAUCUAUUUUUUAUAUAUCAGGUGUCUGUUACUUCGAGGGCAAACAUAACUCAUGCGACCCCCUUGGGAUUGCUAUCCCUGGUGGGUGUCCAUGACAAUGAUAGGAAAUGGGUUUCACAUGGGAAAGGAGGGAUGAGUUGUAAGGGUAGAUUGUAUUUCACGACUGUGCCUCCUUAGGGAUAGAGUGAAGUCUAAUUGGAGUAUUCUAUAUUUUAACUCCCUUUCGGAUUCUGAAUCAUUGCAGUAAACUUCUCCCUCAAGUAGCAUUAUUCAUUCCUGCUGAUGAGAGCUCUAAGUCGUCG